AUGGACGCUAACCACAAGCCCUCUCUCGAGUUCCGCAGCUUUGUCGAGCAGCUUGCGAAGGACGGGGACUUGGUCGAAAUCAAUGACGAGGUCGACCCCGUUCUUGAAGCUGCUGCAAUCAUCCGCAAAGUUUGCGAAACGAAUGCAGCUGCUCCGCUUUUCAAUAACGUGAAGGGCGCCAAACCGGGCGGACUUUGGCGUCUUUUGGGAGCGCCAGGCUCCCUUCGUCCAGACCCUAAAACGCGUUAUGGCCGCAUCGCGCGUCACAUCGGUCUGCCACCAACGGCUACCUUGAAGGAGAUCAUUGACAAGAUGGCGUCACCAGCUCAGGUCGACCCGAUUGAUCCACGCAUCGUCCAAACGGGUCCUUGCAAAGAGAACAUCCUCCUGGAGCAUGAAUUCGAUCUUACCAAGCUUCCCGCUCCCCUCCUUCACCAAGGCGACGGCGGUCGUUACGUUCAGACAUUCGGCAUGCACGUCAUCCGUUCUCCAGACGGAAAGUGGACCAACUGGUCGAUCGCGCGCGCGAUGGUGGACGACUCGCACCACCUCGUCGGCCUCGUUGAAGAGCCCCAACACAUCUGGCAGAUGAAGGAAAAAUGGAGGAAGGAGGGUAAGGACGCACCUUGGGCGCUGUGCUUCGGUGUUCCGCCCGCAGCUAUCAUGGCGUCUUCCAUGCCUAUUCCCACUGGUGUCAGUGAAGGCUCCUGGGUUGGUGCCAUGAUGGGUACGCCCGUCGACCUGGUCAAAUGCGAGACGAACGACCUACUUGUUCCUGCCAACUGCGAAAUAGUCUUUGAAGGAACACUGUCCGUUUCUGAGAAGUCCCCCGAAGGACCGUUCGGAGAGAUGCACGGCUAUGUCUUCCCUGCCGACAUUCGUCCCUGCCCACGCUACAAGGUCAACCUGAUCUCUCACCGCAACGACGCGAUCAUGCCAGUAUCAAACUGUGGUCGAAUCACUGACGAGACACACACCUUGGCUGGAACUCUGGCAGCUGCUGCCAUCCUUCCUCUCUGCAAGAAGCACGGACUUCCGGUCUUGGAAGCGAACUGUCCUUUCCAGGCCACUGCUACGUGGAUCGUCCUCAAGAUCGACACAGAUAGGCUAAGAAAGGAAAAGUACGACCAGGAGAAGCUGAUGAAGAACAUUGGAGAUGUUCUGUUCAGCCACAAAGAAAGCCUCAUCAUUCAUCGCUUCAUUCUCGUCGGCGAAGACAUCGACAUCUUCGACUGGGACGACGUUAUGUGGGCGUUUACCACGCGGUGCCGCCCUGGAAUGGAUGAGCGCUUCUACGAAGACGUCCGCGGCUUCUUUUUGAUCCCAUACAUGGGUCAUGGAAAUGGUCCCAAGCACAAAGGCGGCAAGGUUAUCUCCGACGCUCUCCUGCCGAGCGAAUAUACCACGGGCAAGGACUGGGAAGCUGCUAGCUUUAAAGAUUCUUAUCCCAAGGUGUUGCAGGACAGUGUCAAUGCCCGCUGGUCGGCGCUUGGAUUCAAGUAA